AGACAAACGCCAAAGACACAUCAAUCAUGACAACAGCAUUAUAUCUGUUGAGCGGGGCUAAUCUAUGCGUAAAACGAAUUAACUACAGAAAACAGAAGAAAACUGAUUAUGAACUGAAGCACAAACAAUGGAUUGACAUUUGUUAAGUUGCUCCAGUGUUCCAUAGUUAUCGAACGAAAGGAGGCAAGUUCUGAAAAAGAGACUGUCAACAUCCAGCCUCAACCAUGGAUUGGAAGACCUUCCAAGCCCUCCUGAGUGGGGUGAAUAAGUACUCCACGGCAUUUGGUCGUAUCUGGCUCUCUGUGGUGUUUGUGUUCAGGGUGAUGGUGUACGUGGUGGCGGCGGAGCGUGUGUGGAGCGAUGAUCAGAAGGACUUUGACUGCAACACCAAGCAACCCGGCUGUGCCAACGUCUGCUACGACCACUACUUCCCCAUCUCCCACAUUCGCCUGUGGGCCCUGCAGCUCAUCUUUGUCACUUGCCCUUCCUUUAUGGUGAUGAUGCAUGUGGCGUAUCGCGAUGAACGCGAACGGAAGAAUACCAUGCACGGCAACAAGGACAAGCUGUACGAGAACACAGGGAAGAGGCACGGCGGCCUCUGGUGGACCUACCUGCUUAGUCUCUUCGUCAAGACGGGCAUCGAGAUCUCCUUCCUCUACAUCCUCCACAAAAUCUACGACAGCUUCUACCUGCCCCGGCUGGUCAAGUGUGAGGUCAGCCCCUGCCCCAAUCAGGUGGACUGCUACAUCGGCCACCCCACAGAGAAGAAAGUUUUCACCUACUUCAUGGUGGGCGCCUCGGCCCUCUGCAUUGUGCUCAACGUCUGUGAGAUCAUAUACCUUGUCUCCAAGCGGAUCGCUCACAUAGCACAAAAUAAGAGGAGAAAACAGAACACCAUGGCCCUGAAUGAACGGUACAGCAAGGAGAAUUCCUACAGCGACUGCACUCUGCCCAUGUCUCAGCUGGAGAAACAACCCUUAAGGUUCCAGUCCCCAGGCCACCUUCAAGCCCCUUUACCGACUCACAUGCGGGCGUCUGCCCCUAACCUGUCCUCUGCAGCAUAGGAUGCCUGAACUAUCCCAAGAUUCAACCACAACAUGUAUGCCUAUGGAGCCAGGUCUCACCUUAUUGAUCAAGUCUGCUCAUGCUUGUCCUCCUUUAAGACUCUGUAUGAGAGACAUGUUUUUCUCUAAGACUCUACUGUCCUAUUACUGCCCUAUACUGCCAUGGUGCAAGGCUUUGUACUGAUGUUCCAUGACCCUGGGGCUAGACAACCCUGAUCUUCAGCCACACCCCAUUUUAUACAACUCAGCUCCCACUGCCAGACUGAAUACAAAAAAAUACAAAAAAAUCUAUAAUUGUCUACUGUAACAUCUUACAAAGCUUUUCCAGUUAGUCUCACUUUGUUUUCACAUUACGUUGGGGUUUCUUGCCAGGGGUAAAGGUGCCCGCAUACUAGAUUUGGUUUGUUCAUAGCAAAACUCGGCUAGGCGAAAUGAACGUCUGUGUUCGCAUACUCCCUAAAGACUUUCGCUUGAAAAACAA